AUGACCGGGAGGGAUAGCGAAAAUCAAGACCCUUGGUACUGCACUGUCGUAUUCCGAUCGAUCAGUUGUGUCAGAGUCUUCAGCUUUCUCAGUCGAUUCAAUUUUUGCUACUACAACUACUCCUACCAUCAUCAUAUACAAUAUUUUAAGAUUUUUCUAAAAUCAAAAAGCAGUUCCAACUUUCAAGUCAGAGUCAAAGAAUUAAAGCCUUCAUGCACUACAUCACAUCUUUACUUCUCGAUACAUAAACACGUGAGUGGUCUCACAUUAAAAUUUUGCGGGCAGCAAUGUAUGGUCGAGCAGUUAGAACUCGAUGAAAUACAAGACUAUUCAUAUAUAUAUAUACGGUUCAGCAACACAGCGUUCUGUCUACAUUUUUCGAUAGUUUUUUAACUCAUAAAUGUAGUGAAUGCGGUAAAUUUUUAUCACGUUGCUGGACACCUGGUCUUACGUUUCCGUUACAUGGUGAUCACGGUGAACAUAGGGUACCAGCGGACCGGGAAAAUUAUGAUUUUGAUUUUUUAACCAGCAUUC